AUGAUUCUUCUCGAGACAGCCAACAAGAUUUUAUACGAAGAGGUGAUUGCCCACUUUGGCGGCGACCAUCGUACAUUGAGCACAUUUGCCGACUUUGACGGUGUCAAGUUCAACACACGUUCGAGCGAUGACAAGCAACAGUUGUUUGUGUCCAUCUCGUUCAAGGGCUCCCAAGACCUGCUCAAGAACGGUGGUGCCACCUACCUCAAGGCCGUCUACGGCGCCAUGUUGCAAGCCAAGCCCGAGCAAGGCUACGACAUCACGUUGGUGGUCGACGCCAACGCCUCGGGCGACAAGGAACAGCUCGCCAACAAGGUCGCCAACCUCAAGCGUAACUUGAUGGCCGCCCCCUUCCUCAUGGUGUUCGAGGCCAUGGAGGCCAAGAAGCCCCUCCCCGAGACCAUCACCAUCGACUACCGUACCGACGAGUCGUUCUACAUCAAGCCACAAGGCGACAAUGUCACCGUCAUCUUUGACAUCCACUUCAAGGACGCCGAUGAUGUCAUCCUCUCCAAGAUCUUCCUCCAAGCCUUUGUCGAUGUACGUAAGACCAUGACCAGCGUGCCAUCCGUCACAUUCUCCCAAAAGGACCCACCACUUGAGCUCAAGGGUGUAAAGGGUGUCCGUGCUGGCGUCGCCCACGGCUUUGUCUCCAUCACCCUCUUCCCUCUCCACCUCAAGAGAGCUCAAGAGACCGCUGACCUCAUCCAAACCUUUAGAGAUUAUCUCCACUACCACAUCAAGUGCUCCAAGGGUUACAUGCACACCUCUAUGAGAAACCGUGUCGACUCCCUCAUCCAAGUCCUCAACCGUGCCAAGCCAGAACCAGUCAACACUGUCAAGCGUACUUUCAAGGGAAAAUUCUUCAAGCAAUCCUAA